AUGGGUCGUAAGAAGGCUAUAGCAGAUGACCUUCCAGCCGACAUCCCCACCACUAUUACGGCACAACCAUCACCAUUCCAAUCUCAGCCAAAGCCCAAAAGGCUGAAGAAAGCACAACCCAAGGAAAUGGCGAUCCAAUAUAGCCACUCCUUUGCAAUGCAAGCCUUUGCUAUCAAGAAGGAGUUGGCCAACAAGACUAGGGAGGCUGCUGGCUUGCAGAAGACCAUCAACAAGGCCGAGGCAAAGAUGAAAACCUUGACAGAUCAGGCCGAGGCAGCCAAGAAGGCUCAGGAUGAGGCCAAGGAAAAGGCUGAUACUGCAGAGGCCAUUGCUAAGGUCCUCGCGGCUGAAAAGAAAGAGGCCGAAGCAAAGAUGAUCGAGGCCCAAAAAAAGCUUCAAGAUGCCUUGGCCAUAAAAGAGGCCGAGAUCAAGGCGGCAGAUGAGAAGGCAUACACCGAGGGGGUGGCUGACGUCAAAGAAGACUACAAGAAGCAAGAUGAGGAAGAUAAAGUCUCAAAGGGUGCCUCAUCCCAUAAGACAACCUCUGAGGUGCCUAUCACCGAGAAGAGCAUCGAUCUGACUCUUCAAGAGAUCUACACUAAGCUCGAGGCUGAGAAGGCUGCCGAGAAGUCUUCCCAACUGUCUUCUGGAACCGAGACCCAGCCUACCGAGUAG